CCCCGGAAGCUCCCGCCCCGCAGAGCUGGUCGGGGCGAUCGACGCCGCGGGGAGAUCGCGUUCCUCCGUUUCUCCGUGGGCCGCCGCUGCCGGACUGGCCAUGGACGAUACCCUGUUCCAGUUGAAGUUCACGGCGAAGCAGCUGGAGAAGCUGGCCAAGAAAGCGGAGAAGGACGCCAAGGCGGAGCAGGCCAAAGUGAAGAAGGCCCUGCAGCAGAAGAACGUGGAGUGUGCCCGCGUCUACGCUGAGAAUGCCAUCCGCAAGAAGAACGAAGGUGUGAACUGGCUCCGCAUGGCAUCCCGCGUGGACGCAGUGGCCUCCAAGGUGCAGACGGCUGUGACCAUGAAAGGGGUGACCAAGAACAUGGCGCAGGUGACCAAGGCCCUGGACAGGGCGCUGAGCAGCAUGGACCUGCAGAAGGUCUCUGCGGUGAUGGACAGGUUCGAGCAGCAGGUGCAGAACCUGGACGUGCAUACAUCGGUGAUGGAGGACUCCAUGAGCUCGGCCACCACACUGACCACACCACAGGAGCAGGUGGACAGCCUCAUUAUGCAGAUCGCCGAGGAGAAUGGCCUAGAGGUGCUGGACCAGCUCAGCCGGCUGCCUGAGGGCGCCUCCGCCGUGGGCGAGAGCUCUGUGCGCAGCCAGGAGGACCAGCUGUCUCGGAGGUUGGCCGCCUUGAGGAACUAGCCGCGCCCGGCUGCAGUGCGCUGCCCCAGCCUCGAUGCGCAGGAAGGGCCAGGAAGGAAGCCUCUCCCUCUGCACUGCGUCCUGCCUUUCUGCUGACCCUGCAGCAGCAGCCGUCAGCCCUCGCUGCACCCAGCCUCACCUGCCAGGCCUGGGAAUUGUUCCUCUUCUUUUAGGGGGGCCGUGGGUCUAUGUCCUGGUGAGUUUGCACCAACUUCUGGCUUCUGUGGGUAAUUUCUGUGAUUCUGGGCCGACCAGCUGGGGGAUCUGUAGGCUCCCCUCAUCCCCCACCCUCUGAGGAGUUGAUGGGGCCUGGCCAGUGGACACCAUGUGGAUUGUGGGACCUUUACACUCCGCAUGAUGGCAGACAUGCUACUGGUGGUCAGCCAGCAGGGUCAGGGCCCCUCCUGCCAGGCAGGGAGCAGGGAGCACUCCACCCCUCAGACAGACAUGGCCCCAGUGGUACACUGAGGAGGUGCUGGGGGCCUUUGUGUGCUGAAGGAUGUCCUUGAGGGCCACCCAGCAAACACUCCAUCCUGGGGCCUUUAUGGAACAUCCCAGGGAUGAGGUCUCGGCCACUCCAGCCGGGACCUGUGCUCCUGCCAACUGCCUGAGCCCCACUCGGGCUGCUGGGCUCUGAGUCCAGGCGUCCCCCCCCGGGGGUCUGCGUCCUUGCUCCACUGCCACCUCUGGAGGGCUAUGGGCCCCCUGGGGUAUCCUGCGUGUCUCCUCCAGCAACCCAGAGUGUGCUGAGGCACCUCCCAGCCACGGAGUGGGCUGGCACAGUGGCAUGCUUUCUCUGUCGCUGUCCCCUGUCGCUGUAACGAGUGCCUCCCCACGACUGGCCUCCCCUCCUGCCUUCUGGGCUCACACCACUUGACCUCAGGAGCCAGGGCCAGUGCAGCGGUGCUUCGAGGAGCCCUCGGCUGCUGCUGCUGCGCAGAGGCUGGCCGCAGACUCCUCCUGACCGCCUGCUGGGACGGCCUGGGAGGGUCCUGGGACAGGCCACUGUCUGGUUUUUUCGAUUCCUGAAGUUUACUUCAUUUUCUUGAAGAUUCCAGGGCUUUUUAUUUUCUGUUUUUGCCAAAAUAGAAGGAGCAGGCAGCAGACGCAGAGCAUUGGGUCUGAGCCCCCACGGCGUGAGCUGGUGGGAACUGCGUGCUUGGUCCUGACCGUGGCCUGGCUCUGUGCACAGCUGACCACCACACGCAGCCCUCACAGAGGCCUCCACCAGCUGGCCUGUCCUCUCACCGACAGCUCUUGUGAACAGGAGCGCUGGGGACCUUUACCUUGACUUGCUCUGUCUGACUCUCCCGGCCUCCCUGUGCGCGAUAGUCGUGCCAGGAGCAGCCGUGGGCCACGGGGCGAGGCCAGAGGGCAGGGUCAGGCACUGUCCAGCAUUUCUUCCACCAUGCCGACCUCGCCUCCCUCCCUGGCUGGGGUCCCUUGGGGUGCCCACGUGCUGAAGGUUCAGAGAAGGUCCUGAGUAUCCUCUCCCCAGGGGUGCAGAGCUCCACGGACAUGCUGGGUGGGGGGCGGAGGCCGUGGCUCCUCAAAGGGCAGUGGGCAUGUUUGCCCUUUUUCCUAAAAUGCUGUUGUGAGUAAACAAGUUGAUCCCUGA